GGGCAAUUGUGCGUAAAUUGUGUUCUAGCGUGGGAAAUACCCACGCAAAGCAUUUGUAACAUGGAAGAUGAAGGAACAGAAAAUUCCAACCACUCUACUGAAGAAGAAGUUGAAUUUCAAGAGAAAACAGAAGUAAAUAAUACACAAAAAUCUGCAAGUGUUUCAUCACAAGUGCCUUCAACAUCUCAUGCACGUCCAACACGUCCAACUGCCUUCAAGCCUGCCUCAAAUAAAAGAAGUAAGACUUCUAAACAAAAUAAGACCCAAACAGACUUCAUGAAUUACUGCAAGAAUCAGCUUGAAGGCAAAAAUGAAAUUGAUGAAUUUGAUGCAGCCGCAAUUUCGUGGGCGAAAAAAAUUAAAAAGAUGAAUCCAACUCAGGCUAUUUUUAUGCAGAUAUGCUUAUCAAUCAAGUUGUAAAU